AUGGCGGGGCCUAGACGGGUUUCUUCGGCCCUCGGCGCCUCCCUCGUCGAUGCCGCCGCGCGCGCCGCUGUGCUGGCUGGGGCGCCUCGGCGUGCGGUCGGUGCCGUCCCUCGCGUGGCCACAUCCGCCACGCCUUCCGCCCGCGGGGGACGGCCGCAACCGACGGCAGCGACCGCGCCUGCUGCCACUCCGCCCGCCGCCCGCCGCGGCGACGACGGCGCGGCGGAGGCGCCGCCGCCGCCGCUCAGCGGCACGGCGUGCUGCAGAGGUGCCCCCCCGCUUCUGGUGCUGCGGGCGCCGGCGCCGGAGAGGGCCUCGAUGCCAUGCAGGACCACGGGCUGCCCGAUGUGGCUCGUGGGCUUUCACGGCGGGCGGCCUGCCGCUCUGUCGGCCGCGGUCGCUCUUCCAUGGUCGUGCGGAUGUUGA